CAGCAAGAAGCCACGUAUGUGUGUUGAGACACAACUACUUUGAUGUAUGCAGUACGUUUACAUCAUUGCAUAGGAGAAAAGGUUUAGAAGUGGUCCCUAUGGUUGGAAGACAGACGAUCCGCAUGGAUGGUGGAAAUGGUCCACUGACAGUUAUGGAUGAGAGUCCCACGUCAAGCCCCAACUCUAGUCCCAGUCCCGACAUGCUAUCGACUGAAAGCCGGCGCACUGAGGCCCUGUCUCGCUCCAGGGUGGUCCCGGGCAGCAGUCUUGGAGGCAGAGGACGUCCUGCCGCAGCUAACGCCGCCCGGGAGAGGAAUCGGGUGCAAACACUCAGACAUGCGUUCUUGGAGCUACAGAGAACUUUGCCAUCAGUGCCACCGGAUACGAAACUGUCCAAGCUCGAUGUUUUGAUUUUAGCCACUACGUAUAUUGCCCAUUUGACACGAACCUUGCAGGAGGAAGGAGUUGAAGAGGGAGAGAGCACGAGACAAACCGAGGCAUUACAGUCACUCAAAGGUGAUGGAUACCUGCACCCUGUAAAGAAAUGGCCCAUGCGAUCACGGCUGUAUGUAGGCGCUUCAGGACAGUUCCUAAACACCCAGACUGAUAAUCAAGCAGCAUCGUCAUCGUCAUCCUCCCAAACGAAUUAACUUGCAUGUCAAUCUUUUUGAGUCAACAAAGGACUGUUUUUUGUUUGUUUUGUUGAAGGUUGAUGAGUCUUUUAUAGGCUAGCCAAUUUCCAGUUUUCUUGUCUGUCUCUCAACCAUGCAAAGCAUUUGGGUUUGGAUCUUCAACUGUAGGCCUACACCAAUCCAACAACAUUGUGGUGAUGGGAAAAAUAAGUUGACUGUGCACAUUAAUAUAUUAUAAGUAUGUAUACUGUAUAUACGUUUAAGUUUUGAAUUUUCAUGUGUUUUACGUGUGUUUCUGCGAGGCUGGGUUCUCCAUUAAGUUCUGCAGUUUGGUAUAUGUUAGGCGGCUGUAGGCCUACCCGGACCUCUCAGAAAUUCCGUGUGUUGGGAUAAUGAGCUUGU